AUGGCCUAUGAUUGUGAAACCGCCUUGCUUGCAUCCAAACUCAAGGAUGAACUCUUAGUUCAUCCCAUUAUUCUAUCUGCUGGCUCUUUUGCGCUGUCCAUCUUCAUAUCACAGGCAGUAUAUAGCACUUUUGAUUGGAGACCUGUUGCUAUCUGUGUCUCAGCUGAUAUACUUACUAUUGGACUUGACCAUUACAAGGACCAGGCACCUUCCCUUGUGGAUGCUCUGAAUAAUGCUAGCACAAGAGUCUUACAGGUCUUCUACCAUGCUCGCAUUCUUCUGCUCCUAAGCACUACCCUUCUAUGUGUGGCACUGUCUCAUUCACCCCCUGAAACGUGGAUGAUUACUGGUAUCUUCAUUGCUCCAGCCCUUCUUUGGAAUACACCUCUCUCCAUAAGGAUUCCAGGUCAUUCCUCUCAGAAUGAAUUUCCAACUGAGAAAGAUCAACAAAAGCCUGAGGGUGCAUUUGUUAUCAAACGAAUUCCGGGUAUGAAAGCUUUAUUUAUUGGGAUUAUCCGAGGAUGUGGUACAUUUGCGGUUGUUCAUAGUAUACUUGCCUCUUCAACAAUGGCACCUAAUGUGCAGGACAAUAUGUUUACCUCCACACAAAUCCUGAUGUGGUCUACAGCCAAUCGGACCUGCCAUGCAGUAAUGGCUGACAUCCGGGAUUUCCAAGAAGACUGGGAAAACCAGAUCCCCACCAUCCCAGUGCUUCUCAAGUCUGUGUACAAGACUCGAGUUUUACUUACACUAAUUCACAUUGCCACCAUGAUUUUUUUUCUACAAAAUCCAUACAUCUUCCUUGCUUCAGUCUAUGCUAUUGCACUUGUUUGGCUUCUUGGGGACAAAACUCCUAAGAAAUUCUUCCGUUUCAGUUUUCAUUCUCAAACCAUUGUGGCUUGUCUAUAUGGCAUAGUCGAAUCUUUCAAAUACCUUGCUCACACUCAUAAGUUCCUGUAA